CUUCUUCAACAAGUCAAAACCUUAUAACUCUCAAUACGCUGAAUCCUUAUUCAGAUUUAAAUGAUGAUUGUGAAAAUGAAACAGAUUCUUUUGACAAUGUGAAUGAAAUGGAUUUCUUCGACGAUGAAAAUGAAAUGAAUUUCGAUGUUAUACGGAUAAAUCAACUUGAAAAAAACAACAUAAAUAUAGCAGAAUCGUCAUCGGUAGAAAAUAUCACACUAUCUCAAGAAUUUAUUGAGCUAGCAACAAAUAGGAGUUCGUAUUACAAAUCGAACAAAUUACCAUUAAUGCAACCAAACAAUUUGCCAAUGGAUAAUUUUGAUCAAAAUGAAUUUGAUAGUAAUUCUGAUCAAAGCGAGCAUGACAGUAAUUCUAAUCAAAGCGAAGAUAAUGAUUCUGAACAAAGUGAACAUGAUGUUAAUCAAGAUAUCGAUGAAAAAUUUGAUAUUGAUGAGGAAACUGACGAAGAUUGUGAUAGAAUUAUGCCGUCUUCAUCACUAUUAACGGAUGAGUCAAAUGAAAGGUUAAUGAAUUCACCAUAUGAACGACAAGUCAAAGACAGCGUAUUAGGUGAUAUUUACGAUGGAAAAAUUUGGAAAGAAUUUUUAGAUGAGGAAGGACAUCCAUUCUUUGUAGGAGAUAAUGCUGACGUUAGAAUUGGAUUGGCACUUAACGUUGAUUGGUAUACUCCAUAUA